AUGCGUCAAUAAGAGCAACAAAUGGAACUUGCUAAAAGUUAUCUCUAUACCUGAAACGUUAUUUAAUGUUCUAUUAAGUUUCAAGUGGCUGUGCUGUAAGGAGUAGGAGUUUGACCUCUUGUACUGGCUUCCUACGCCUAGAUCUACAGCCUUUUCAUUGGUUUCGUUGUUUAGAAAUUGCCAACAAUUCAACAAGUCCAUUUUUUCGGCAGAGGUGACAGAAGUAGAAGUCAGUGUCAGAAGCUUCGUUCGUUUAUUUUAUUCAGGCACAGUCAGGUAACUCGGAGUAGCAGAGUAGUGUGACUAUCAUUACCACCACUGUCUAAACGCUCAGCCACCGCCCAGGAUUUGACUUGUUGUAUGAGGUGUUUCUGUCACUAGGAAAAGGCGCAUCCCUACAGGAAAGAUGUGUGCCUCUCUUUUGUCAUUCGAGACCAUCCUCUCAGUCCUGGUCUUGUUAGCAGCACUUUUUGUUCUACAAUACAUCUACAGAGGAUUCAAAAUUUCUGGUUUCUCGGACCGCUAUGUUCUGGUCACAGGCUGUGACACAGGAUUUGGCUACAGAACUGCAAAGAAACUGGACGGUAUGGGCUUCAACGUAUUCGCUGCUUGCUUGACCAAAGAAAAGAUGGAGGAAUUGACCGCAGCUUGCUCGCCCAGAUUGACCGCUGUGGCCAUGAAUGUAACUGAUGACUCAUCGAUCGUUGAGGCUCUGUCUGUGGUUAAGUCUCACCUUCCAAAAGGACAAGGUUUGUGGGCCCUGGUAAACAAUGCUGGCAUUGUGGGGCCGCCGGGUAUUACCACAUGGUUGACCAAAGCUGACUACGAGGUGACGAUGAAAGUUAACUUUUACGGAUUGGUGAUGGUCACAAAAACUUUCCUCCCUCUGCUGCGGCAAGGUCAAGGUCGUGUGAUCAACACGGCAAGCACGGUGGGGCGUUUUGCGUUGCCGCCCUGCCCUUAUACCAUGUCCAAAUUCUGUGUGGAGGCGUUCACGGACGUUUUGCGAAGGGAGUUGAGGCCGCUUGGUGUGACUGUUCACACGGUGGAGCCUGGCGGUUAUAAGACCAACAUCACAGAUUACAACUUGGCCAUGACAGCAAUGGAGAAAAGUUUUAAUCAAGCUCCAGAAGAUGUCAAACAGUUCUACGGUCAUCGCUAUGUGGAAAAAUUAUCCAAAUUGGCGUCAGUGCUGGUGUACCUGGUAGCCUGCCCGCGUCUGUACGAAGUAGUUGACACCUACAUCCACGCAAUCUGUGCCAGGUACCCCAAGACUCGCUAUGUGGUCGGACUCAACGGAACUUUUUUCUUCCGACCUCUGUGGACAAUGCCAACUUGGCUCUCCGAUUUUCUCAUGGGCAUGGGUUAUCCUUUGCCUGGCUAAUGUCCCUGACCUUGCUUUCGUUGAGAAAGUUAAGUAAAUAUGUGAGGCCGCGUCGUGAAAUCAGGCGCUCGUCAAAAUACAUAAAUUGGAGAAACAGGCGUUUUUCUGCCAGUUUG